AAGCUGAAGCGGUCAAAUCACGACACCAACAAUCACAGUGUUAUUGAGUGCUGGAGAACGGGCGCACGUUUCGACACAUUUAGAAACAUUGGAUGUUUACGAAUAAAAAUUCUAGUUCGAUGUGUUGAAACCAAAAGUGUAUAUUUUACGAAUUUCAACCAACAAAUUUGAAUUUCAUGCUUAGUGAAAUAAUUGAAACAGUGGAACUUGUGACAUUUCUUUGCGGCGAUUUUUAUUUUAUUAUUUCCAACCAAAAGUGAAUCAAACCGAAAAAAAGUGAAGUGAAGUUGAAAAAAAAAACGCGAAAGAAAAUAUGAUGGACAUUGGAAUGUACGGUGAACAUUAUCAAGUUGGUGAAAUGUCAACGACAAGCUCUGCAUAUAAUUACUAUCCGAAUUAUCAUCACAAUCAUUUGCAUCAUCAUCACCACAUGCACCACAACCCGACGGCCGAAAUUCUUUCCGGAUUCACAGCUCAAAAUCAUGCAUCAAAUCAAGCACCGGCCGCAAUAAAUACAUCGUCAAAUCAUUCGUUGAGCAGCAUGUACCACGAGUAUGGCAUAACAAUGUCGAAUAAUGAGCAUAAUUUCUAUGAUACCGACAGCAAUAUGGUGCAAUCAUACUAUACAAAUCAAUCGAAUGCAAGUGAACAUCAUGGAUUAUCAACGGCAUCACAUCAAACGACACCCACUUCGGUGUCUUCAUCCAGCAACGAUGUUCUCUCCGAAACGGCUGCAUCUCAUAUAAUUAGUUCGGAUAAUGGUUUAAGUUAUACAAAUUUAGAUUAUAUGUACAGUUCGGGACAUUCAAACCAACUCUACUUACAUCAACCAGAUGAUAAAUCAAUAAUUGCCCAUCCAUAUAAUCAUACACCGCCAGCCGCCAAUCUCGAUAGUAAUUUACAUUCGCAACAACAUUCGACUGUUUGGCAAUCACAACAAACAACGCCAAAUCAUCCGCAUCAUGGAACUGGAUACUUGGAUAACCCUGUAAAUGCUCAUCAGAUUGGAGUUGGUCAUGUUCCAUGUCUGCAAAAUCAAUCACCAUUGGGCACCAGUCCAAAUGGAAUUCAUCCACGAUCAUUGAACAAUCGCAAUGAACAACCGCAAUCGCAGCAAAACACACAAAAUCAAACACAGCACGGACAAACAGUUCAAACUUACAAAUGGAUGCAAGUCAAACGAAAUGUACCCAAACCACCAGGUAUUUAA